AUGAGUCCACAAUCAUCGAGAGUACGGAGUCCAGCAGACGUUGGCGGACCAUCAACAUCACCACCACCUUUACCUGAGGGAUGGCUUGCGCAGUGGGAGGGCACUCUGCGAAAAUGGUAUUUCGUCCAGCCAGCGACAGGAAAGUCGCAAUGGGACGUUCCCACAGAGCCGUUUAUUCCUACCCCCUCAUCGACACCUCACUCUGUUGCCAGCCCUGGCCCUUACCAUGCUCCACGAGCAGCCAGCCUAGCACCCUCCGAAACCGAAGCCGUCUCCAAGGAAUUUCAGGAAUUAAGGAGUGGGAAAUGGGCUUCAAGCGGCGGCUUCUCUAAUUCUACAUUUGGAAAUAAUCAACCAUCGCCUUAUCAGCACGCUUCAACUCCUGGUGCACAGCGCACACCAACUCUCAGUGGAACUCCUACGCUAGCAGACCAAAUAUACUCAUCUCGUCCGUCCAGCCAAGGUAUUUUAGGUCAAGUUGCGUCUGACCUGGCAACCCGGGCGAAUUCAACCGAUAUGGCCGAUGUUCAAAAGACCAACACCCCAAAUCAAUACACGUAUCCCCCAUCGCACCAUCAGAUUCAAGGUGCAUCCAGCCAACUUCAAGAUGUCACCAUGGGACAGGAUUCAUCAACUUCGCAAAAUGAGAUCAAAGGUGCAGGUGCAUCUUUCACACCUCAGCAAAAUAAUACGCCAGUAUAUGCCAUGGAACAUAGCCAAUUGCCCCAAGGUAAUCCCAACCCCAUGAGUAUUCAAGCUAUACCUCCGGUGAUACAGCCCCAUGGAGAAAAUUUGCCUUCCAAAGUUCAGCCAAUAGGGAAUUCCGCUAUGGAUCCUGGAUUCCAAUACCAACAAUUUCCUGGGAAAACACCCCCAGCCCAACAGGGAAUGAUGCCAUAUCCAAAUCAGCCGCAUCAGCAACCGGAUUCAUACUACCAAAGGGGCUCUAUACCAAUCCCAUCAGGUCAAUUUCCACCUCGGAUUUCUCCAGUUUCUCAGCCCAGGGAAACUGUCAUUACUGUGAUCCACCCGGAUCCAAAUGCGGCGCCUCUCUUCCCCACUCGCUAUAGCGAUGCAGAGCGUCAACGACGCCAGCAAGCGGGGAUGCAAGCCGCAUACAAUAACCCAACGCCACCAGGACAAUCCUACCAAACACCACAUGGUAGCGGAUAUGUGCAUAGUAACACUCCCAGCCAGAUAACGCCAGGAUAUUCCCACUAUGAUCAAUAUACUCCGAGGAGUGGCCAGAGACAACCAAACCAGGGAAAUGGCCCGCCGUGGGAUUAUGAUAGAAGCCAAGUGGACCCGCAGGGAUACCCAAAUCAUAUGCGUUAUACGCCACCACAACAACAUCAACCACAAACGCAGCCGCAUUACAGGGCAGAGAGUGGAGGAUAUUCUGGGGGCUGGGGACGCUCAUAA